AUGGAGAACAGCAAGCCAGUGAAGGAGGUGCCCCCCCUGCCUCGCCACCCGACCCCUCUUCCUGUGACCUCUUCCUCUCUGACCCCUGCUGUCACUUCAAAACACCACACCACAGGCUCCAUCCAGCAUGUGCAGGUGGCCUCAUCAGGUGACAAACACAUCCAGGUGACAUCGUUCAAUCAUCUGAGGCCUCCAGAGAGGGACCUUACGCCGUUCUCUCAGAUGAAGUCUGUUAAGUCUCUGAAGCAUGCCGGCUUCACUGCGGUCUUCACUGGACAAGCGAAGCUUGACGGUGGGGAGGUGCCGGAGGAGUUACCGAUUGUCGACGUGAUCCUGGCUGACAUUGACUCCCUCGUGCCGACACAUGAUGAAACAGGCCAUCCUAUUGCCGAGUGGAAACGACAGGUGAUGGUGCGACAGCUGCAGGUCAGGCUGCAGGAUGAUGAGGAACAGAGGAGACAGGACAUAGCUAAUGGCUACAUGCCAGUUGACGGCUGGAAGUACUCCCAAGCCCACAACGCAGUCUUGGGACCCUUCGGUGAGCUCCUAACAGAGGAUGACCUGGUGUACCUGCAGCAGCAGAUUGAGUCUGUUUCACAUCAGAAACGCUGCCAGGCGUAUGAGCUGGAGCUGACCAGGCUGACUGAGGAGCUGAGGGCAAUUUUACCUGAUCCUAUUGUCAACAUUUCCCUCAACAGAGAGGUUCUGCAGCAGAUGGACUCUGAGGGGAAAAUGCAGCUGACUUUGCCAAUCUGGUGCAGCCGUGUCUCAGAGAUUAUCAAGAAUAUGUCUCUCCUGGUGGCUAAUCUGACUCAAAUCACAGAAAAAGAUGGUGAGAUGGGGUUAGUGGAGGGCAUGGUGGAAGGGAAGAAGGGUUUACAGAAGAUAAAAGGUAACCCAGGAAUUGAACUGGGACAGGGAUUAGUGCAAGCCCAUGUGGAGGCCUCCGGUGUAUGUAGGAUACCUCACAUAGGGAUGGCAUCUGCUUUUAGCCAUCGUUUGGAGAGCAACAGCUACAGAAGAGCACAAAGGGAAAAGGUGGAAAGGGAGAUCCAGCAGUCUGGAGUCUCAGUUAGAAACCUCAGAUCAACCUUUGAGGGUCAGAUUGGUGGCAUUUAUCCCUUUGCUGGGGUUAUAAAAGCAGGAGGGGGGUUGACGAACCAGGCUGUAAAUGGAGCUUCAAGCGGAAAGAACAGCGAUGUCAAUACAAACUUCAAAUGUGAGGUUGACCAACCUGACACUCCUAAAACAGCUGCACCUGUAAUGGAAACGACCAGCUUAAGAAAAGAGCGAAUCGUGGUGCUGUUCCUGAGCCACUGGAAGAAAUCUGCAUAUGCUAUUACAGUGAGAGCAGCAAGGCAGAGGCAGGGACAGGCUGCAGCGCCAGGAAGAGUGACAGAAGCACAGCCCCAACAGAAAAUCCCCUCCAUGUUUCAAUUCUGCCAACAACGAGGUGCUGUGGAUAAAAUACUGAACUCCUGGAGAAAUAAACUAGAACUUAGAGAAGUGCAACCUUUACCUCCCUUUAGCGUUUCACAAAAUCCUCCACUUUGUGUAACUUACUCCCCAGAACAAUUCCUUCCAGAUGUGGAUGGUGUUGCAGUGAGCCACGACACCUUGACCCUCGAUCUCUUUAUGCUGGGUUACUUUCACAUCUUAGAGCAGGAUUUGUCAGCUGAGGAGAGGAAGAUGAGACACCUCCUUUGCUUUGAGGUCUUUGACCAUGUUGGCAGUUUUCCUUGGGAGAAGGUGCGGGACUUCCAUAAGGCUGUCCUCCAGGAGAUCCAGGCUGGGAGGCGACAGUGGAGCGACGGCUUCGAGGACAUCAAAUUUCACUUCUUUGGUGAUUCAAAUCCAUGCCACUGUCCACCACCACCAUCAUCAUCAUCAUUGCUGCCAGAUUCCAAAUUAGUACCCAAAGUUAUAGUUCAAAGUGCUACUCCGAAUGAGCACUGCAGUGACACAGACUUCUCCUGCUUCCACAAUGAAGACAUUUGUAAAUAUAUCGACCGCAGUUUUGCUUUCUGGAAAGAGAAGGAGGCGGAGUUGUUUGACUUUGAACAUUAA